AUGGAUAUCAAGAAUCCACGACGCCUUUUAAUUGUUGGGGCACCAGAUGCUGGUGUACUACCACUUCUCAAAGGCAUGUUUCAACAGCUCACAGGCUCCGCUCCAGAACCCACAUCCAAUACCACCGCCGGCCUUGCGCACGAGCUGCGCAUUGAAACCAAGUACUACACCGCCACUGUGCCCAUCUGGAUUGACGAAUUACCCAACGUUGCUGAAUGGCGCACCGAAUUCAUCAAACCAGAAGCCCGCGAAGUCGUCACAGCGCUCGGUGCAUGGGUAUAUUGUUUCAAGAGACCAGUCGAAGAAAAAGACGUAGACAAAGUCAAAGAAACGAUGCAGGCCAUCUCGGAUGUAAUUGAACGCGCGUGUGGCUAUGGCGGCGACAUUGCAUGUCUAGCGGUGGCGAUGCCGCAAUCUGUUACGCCGUACCUGGACAAAAGUCAUGAGGAGUGGGAAGAGUUGGCCAUGGACUAUGGGUUCGAAUACAUUGACUCGGAAAAAAAGGGCAAAAACGAGUUUGGCGAAGCCACGGGAGUGCAGCGGGUGCGGGAAGCGCUCGAGGCAGCGGAGUGGGAGAGCAGUGCAGCCUUGGAUUUUGGCGAAGAUGAAGAAGGGUUUGAGAAUAGCUUUGAGGCAGAAGAGGCAGAAAUGAACAUGGAGCUGUUUGGCAUGAAGAGUGCGCUUGCAGGGUAUGAUGGCGACGAAGAGGGAGAGACAGACGACAAAGACGUUGAAGAUCUUGAAGUCAUGAUGCGGAAAGUGGUUGCUAUCAAAGAAAUGGGCGAGGGCAUGGAAGAAGGCGAGCGGAAACGCUUCGCCGCCAAAGCCGUCAACGACCUGAUGAAAGAUUUCUGA